CAUCGUCCGAACCGCAGGUCUCAUGGUCCUCUCCUCCGGCGGCAUCAUCCGCAACACAAAAUUCCUCGGCCGCCAGUACCUUCCCAAAGUCAUGGGCAAGCACCAGCAGUUGCAUUUCGCGGGUCACCAUUUCCACAUGAUGUUUGACGCCAGUCCAAAGGUCCAGAACGAUAUCUACACGCUGCUGAAAAGUGACCCGCGUAUGGUGCGCAUCAUGGUUGUUAAUCGGGCGAAGAUGUGAGUGCCUUUUCUUGUCUCUAGUUUUUUUGGAAGCACCGCUAUGAGUGGUGGUUUCGUCCAAAGUGACUGGAUUUUCUAGAUUACAGCAGAGACUAACGCAUUUCAUCAACAGACUCCCAGACCUAACGCAAGAGUACAAGUCGGCGAACCUGGUCUAAAUAUCACCCCUAACCAACGAAAGAAAACGAAAAAAGACACUGAACGGGAGGCGUUCCAAUUGAUAUAUUUGUACAUAAGACAGUUUCUGUAAAUCUACAUUAUGAUUUUUCGAUAAUUGCGUGCUUAUUCGUAGCGUGGGAGAUAGA